AUGGAUCAAGCUACGGAUACAAAAGUGAAGGAUAAGAUCCUAGAAGCUUGGAUAUUUAAGGUUGAAGAUCUAGACAGUGACGUUGCUAAUGCCCUAGAUUCCCAUGUGGUUAUCGUAUCUAUGAUGCCACCUUCCAAAAUGAUCAAAGGAGCAACUAGUUCCAGCACAACCCCUAAAUGGCUGACCACUUCAGUGAACAAAAAAUGGAGUUCCAUUCCUGUGACUAUUCCAAUUCAAGAUAUGGUCGUUAAGUAUACAGAGAAGGGCCCCAAGCCAAAAAGGUUCAAAACAACUACUCGACUGGAUAGUGAUGAGGGGACCAUAAAGUGGGUUGCCGAGAUUGCUUCAUACAAGGCCAAGGAAGUCAGCACAAAAUAUUUUGAGGUCACUAAGGUGGAGCUAGGAAACAUGAAAAGGAAGAAUCAUCUCAAGGAUCUGAGGGAAGUUCUGCAACACUAUCGUGAGAAUGGAAUCUCUUUGAACCCAAAGAAGUCAGUUUUCUGUGUAACUGAGGGUAAAUUAUUGGGGCAUAUCAUUUCAAAAGAAGGUGUCAAGAUUGAUCUGGAGAGACUCAAUGUAAUUCAACCUCUCAACUUGCCUUCAAAUCAAACUAGAGUAAGGACUUUCAUCAGCCAGGUGAAUUUCUUAAGAUGGUUCAUGCCCGAAUUUGUGGAAACUACCAAACAUAUCAUUAGCUUGUUGAGCAAAAGGUAUCCUUUCAAAUGGACUAAAGAAGCCAAAGAAGCUUUUAAAAAAAUCAAGGGUUCAGUUGCAAAUGCACCUACUCUCAUCAAUCCAGAUUUCAAAAAGGAUUUCAUUUUAUACUACUACGCCUCAGAACAUACAAUGUAUGGAAUACUGUUACAAAUGGAUGAAUCUAGGAUAGAAGCACCUAUGGCGUUCAUGAGCAUUCCACUCAAGAAGCAUGAUAUUAAGUAUUCGCUUUCAGAGAAACAAGCCUUUGCUAUGGUCAAAGCAGUAAAACAAUUUUGGUAUUACAUUCUGCACUCUCACUCUGUGGUUUUUGUUCUAGAUUCCGCAGUGAAAAGCAUUUUAACUCAGCAAGAGGUUGGACACAAUAAAAGAGCAACAUGGGUAACAAAAAACCAAGAAUAUGAUCUAGACAUUCAUGCUACAAAGAUAGUCAAAGGACAAGGCUUAUGUAAAUUGAUAGCAGAAAAUGAGAUUGAAACAAGAAAAGAGUUACCAUUGACCCUAUUUAUUGGAUUACAAGAUACCUGGUUUUCAGAUGUGGCUUACUAUUUGACUUAUGGCAGGUGCCCAAGUCAUUUGUCAACAAAGGAGCAAAGGAAUCUUAAGUUAAAGGCUGCUAAGUAUGUUAUUUGGCAGGAUGACCUAUACAAAAAAGGUUUGGAUGGAACAUACUUAAGGUGUGUGGAUAAGCCUCAACAACAAAAACUUCUGGAGGUUUAUCAUGAUGAACCCUAUGGUGGGCAUUUCUCAUCCUCUGUAACUGCUUUCAAGAUUUUAAGGAAUUUCUUUUAUUGGCUUGGCAUGUUUCGAGAUGCGUAUAUUUAUGUUAAGGAAUGUGAAAAAUGCCAACUCUUUUCUGGGAAACCACAUUUACUGGCUUUGCCUCUAAGGCCCGUGGUAAUAGAUGAACCUUUCAAACAGUGGGGUAAGGAUAAAAAGUUGCUUCAGGUUAGGCACAAGUCUAAUCCUACUUUGGAUUUCACCACUCCUUGA